GCAGAGGUGGUACUAAAUGGUUAGUACCUCGCGACAGCUGUUGAGUGCAGGACGGGUUUUCAGAGGCCAACUUGAUUCGCAUUAAGUCAAUAUAAACACUGUUAGUAUCGUAUCAAAUGAAAACGAUGUGGAAACGAGUGAUAAUUUCGGUGAUGGCUGGUGUUUGUUUUGUGGCUGCUGGAAGUGGAAAUGCGAACAAUGGUGGAACAGUUGGUGAUACUCCUGAAGUCCCUCCGAAUGACUUCCUGCUUCAGCACAACCAUGUUCCACAUCGGCCACCAUUCCAAAACUACCGAUCACACUCUCAGGGUUUCCAGCACAGUCCACAGUUUCACCGCGCUCAUGGAAACUUUCCUCCAGAUUUUGAACACGACCCUGGAUUACACAGCAGUCACAUUCAUCCACCAAUACAUAAUAGUCCAUACCAUCACGAUGGUAGAGAAACCAACAGCCAGGACAGAGGACGUGAAACGGUUCCUGAAGACGUGGAAACGACGUAUUCCAAUUCUUCAACAACGAUACCAUUAGAUUUUAUAAAGAAUAUCAGCGAGUACAGUGUUAAUGAUCUCCUCCUCAACUUCGUAGAGGGUGGCAUGGAUUAUGACGACGAUGACGGCCCACCAUUUAUUGGCAGCCGAUUUGGAGACGACAAUAUCGCCAGAAGUGAGUACCCAGAUGCAGCAAUUCUUCCAAAGAAAGCAGGAUGUAUUCCAGAAUACAGAACAUUAAAACUAGCAAGUACUGACGAUCCUAGUAUUUUAUAUAUCCCCCAAUGCACAAGGAUCGAGCAAUGUGGGGGAUGUUGUAACCAUGCCUUGUUAGAAUGUCAACCUAUCGAGACCGAAACUCUGGCCUUCCAGGUUGUGAAAACCCAAUACACAGGAACCAAGAAGUUGAAAAUCCUCGGAAAAGAAAUCAUCCCUGUGGAAAAGCACACAAAAUGCAAAUGUGAUUGCAAAAUCAAGGCAGAGGUAGCUACACUGCACUGUAACCAGUACCAAGAAUACAAACCCGAUGAAUGUAGAUGCACAUGCAAAAACACUGACGAGGAACAAAAAUGUCGCAAAAGUGGUUCGAAAAAGCUAUGGAAUCCUGAGCUCUGUGCUUGCCAAUGCAAAGACGUUAUAAUUUGCACAACAGGCUACUACUUCGACCAGAAUGAUUGCAAAUGCUCUGCAUCACCUAUGAGGAGACGCUAUGCAACGUACGAAACAAAAGGAUCCAAUCCUGAAGAUGUAGCGAUUAUUCCACUAAAAGAUGACAAAUACUAAUGUGACAACUUGAUAGUUCACAUCAUUAUUGUAAGACAUUGUGAUAUUCCUUACUUACCUAAGUUUUAUUUUUGUAUUAAACGUAUUUGAAGUA